UCGACUCUCUCGGCUCGGUCUCGUCGCCCAGUGCCCGGAAGCUCAAGGCGUCUUCACGCCGUCAACGCGCCAAGUCGUCAGCGCGAGGAUACGCGAUAGAGCGGUGAGUCCGCGCUGAGCCAAAGUCCAGAGUCGAGCCGUCAGCUUCGAGAGCCGCCGACAUGUGCGACGACGACGUGGCCGCCCUCGUGGUCGACAAUGGCUCGGGGAUGUGCAAGGCCGGCUUCGCCGGGGACGACGCGCCCAGGGCAGUGUUCCCAUCCAUCGUGGGGAGGCCCCGUUACCAGGGCAUCAUGGUCGGCAUGGGCCAGAAGGACUCGUACGUGGGGGACGAGGCCCAGUCAAAGCGGGGCGUCCUCACGGUUAAGUAUCCGAUCGAGCACGGCAUCGUCACCAAUUGGGACGACAUGGAGAAGAUCUGGCAUCAUACGUUCUACAACGAGCUGCGUAUCGCGCCCGAGGAGCACCCGGUUCUUCUAACCGAGGCACCCCUCAACCCCAAGGCCAACCGCGAGAAAAUGACGCAGAUCAUGUUCGAGACGUUCAACUCGCCGGCGAUGUACGUCGCCAUCCAGGCGGUGCUCUCGCUCUACGCAUCCGGUCGCACCACCGGCAUCGUCCUCGACUCCGGCGACGGCGUAUCCCACACCGUGCCCAUCUACGAGGGAUAUGCUUUGCCGCACGCGAUUUUGCGUCUGGAUCUGGCCGGUCGUGACCUGACUGACUACCUCAUGAAGAUCCUCACGGAGCGCGGCUACUCCUUCACGACAACAGCCGAGCGAGAAAUCGUUCGCGACAUCAAGGAGAAGCUCUGCUACGUCGCCCUCGACUUCCAGCAGGAGAUGGCUACGGCCGCGGGCUCCAGUGCCCUCGAGAAGAGCUACGAGCUUCCCGACGGCCAGGUGAUAACGAUCGGUAACGAGCGGUUCCGCUGUCCCGAGGCGCUCUUCCAGCCCUCGUUCCUGGGCAUGGAGUCGAGCGGCAUCCACGAGACGACCUACAAUUCGAUCAUGAAGUGCGACGUGGACAUACGCAAGGACCUCUACGCUAAUUCCGUCCUCUCGGGCGGCACGACCAUGUACCCGGGCAUCGCCGAUCGUAUGCAGAAGGAAAUAACGGCUCUCGCCCCCUCGACCAUGAAGAUCAAGAUAAUCGCACCUCCCGAGCGCAAGUAUUCCGUAUGGAUAGGGGGAUCGAUUCUCGCCAGCCUCAGCACAUUCCAACAAAUGUGGAUAUCAAAGCAGGAAUACGACGAAUCUGGGCCCUCCAUCGUGCACCGAAAAUGCUUCUAGGCGCAAGACUCUUGUCAAUAUCCAUCAUAACAGUCUUAUUUAUGCUUCGUAUAAAAUCAAUAUAUUUUAUUUAUUUAUUUUUUUGUUUUGGCUUAAAAAUAAGAUGUUGUUUAAGCUGUAUAUCGUCAUUACAACUGCUAUGCUUCUCACCAAGUAUUCUAUCGUAACAUUUUCAAAGAUGACGAUCGAUGUUCUCAUUCUAUUUAUUACAUUUUAUUGAAUUUAAUAUUACCUAUUUGUAUGUAUAUGCCUACGUGUAUAAAAUAUUAUUUAUUAGAUAUUAUAAAACUGAUUGAAAUUUAGUUAUAUCUUAUAGAAGAUCAUAUGCAUGCUUAGAAAUUUCACCAUAUAUAUAACAACAAAAACAACAACAACAACGACGACGAC